AGGAAACACGUCAAAUGAAGGAACAACUCGAACAGGAGAGGCGGGAGCGUGCGGAGCUAGAGGGGCAAAUGAGGCGGGAGCGUGCGGAGCUAGAGGGGCAAAUGAGGGCUUUCGUCAGCUACAUGCAGACUUACAGCCGAGAGCAGGGUGGUCCAGCACCGCCGCCUGAGCUUAUGAUGCCUCCUCGCCCACCACCAGGAGAUGUGUUCUCCACUCCGAAUGUAUCGGUGGCUUCCAAUGCAUCCCCCGUGGAACUCUCCAGCUGCAGGAAAUCCGUCCCCAAGUGCCGCAAAUCCGUCCCCAAAUCAGGGGAAUCCAUCUGCAUGGGGAAGUUGGGGACCUACACCUUAAGGAUGCAUUAG